AUGGGGAGGGGAAGGAAGUUUUACAGGGAAGUGCUGCCAUUUGCAGCGGUGAUUAUAUCACAGUGCUCCCACGUAGGCUUGGGCACAGCAUUCAAAGCAGCAGCAUUGCAAGGAAUGAGCUAUCGCGUCUUCAUCGUCUACUCUAAUGCUCUAGCUGGUCUGGUUCUCCUUCCAUUCGCCCUCAUCUUCGACAGGUUUUUAGGUCAGACGUUGGGGUAUAUGGGUUUAGAUUACAGCUCUCCGAUUCUUGCCUCAAUCAUCAGCAGUCUCACACCAGCGUUUACCUUUGCAUUUGCAAUUAUUUUCAGAAUGGAAAAAGUCGUAUUAAGAAGCUUUAGCAGUCAGGUGAAAAUUGCGGGUAGCAUCGUAUCCAUCUCAGGGGCAAUUGUGGUGGUUCUGUACAAGGGCCCAACUAUAAUAAAGACCUCAUCACCAUCCAAAUUGUUUUAUCAACCGGGAUCAUCUCAAUCAGAUUGGAUUAUUGGUGGUAUUCUUUUUGCUGUUGCGGAUCUGGUAAUAUCUAUUUGGUAUAUUGCACAGGCUCAAACAGUGAAAAAGUAUCCGGCGGAGCAACUUAUAACGUCUAUGUACAACUUAGUCGUGGCCACCAUAGCUCUACCAGUGGCUUAUAUUUUGGAACCAAACGGUAGUACAUGGGAAAUAAGUACAAGAAUGAUGAUGAUAGCCAUUUUAAUUGCAGGACUAUUUACAGCAUCCUUUGGUACAGCCAUGCUCACAUGGAGCCUACGCAUGAAGGGGCCCGUCUAUGUAGCACUCUUCACGCCACUGUCAAUUGUCACUACUGUAAUUAUGAGUGUGAUUUUUCUAGGUGAUUCUCUCUAUCUCGGGAGUGUUGUUGGUGCGAUAAUAGUAUCCUUUGGAUUUUAUGUGAGCUUGUGGGGAAAAGCGAAAGAAGAAACGGCGGACUUGGGAGAUAGUAGUAGCUUGGAAUCACAAUCCCCAGAAAAUGUUCCUAUAUUGCAGUGA